GACAAAAGGCACUGCAGUUUACCCAACAUUCCCGACGAUGUCCUCAGAUAUACCCGAACUCUCGAAGAGCUCUUUCUCGACGCCAAUCACAUCCGAGAGCUCCCGAAGGGCUUAUUUCGGUUAACAAAACUGAGACGAUUGAGUCUCUCUGACAAUGAAAUCGGACGUUUGCCACAAGACAUCGCGAAUCUGAUCCAAUUGGUGGAGAUUGACGUCAGCAAGAAUGACAUCCCAGAGAUACCCGAAAACAUUAAAUUCCUAAAGUGUCUACAAAUCGCCGAUUUUAGUUCAAAUCCAUUGCAAAUAUUGCCGACGGGUUUUACGCAAUUACGAUGUCUGACAUCAUUGGCACUAAACGACAUAUCGUUGCAACAGUUGCCCAACGAUUUCGGUUCACUCAACGCAUUAGAAUCACUCGAAUUACGGGAGAAUCUGUUGAAGACAUUACCGCCGAGUGUUUCCUUUUUGGUGAAAUUAGAACGACUCGAUUUGGGCUCCAAUGACAUCGAAGAGUUACCCGAAGUGAUCGGCCAAUUGCCGAAACUGCAGGAACUAUGGCUGGAUUGCAACGAAUUGAGUACUUUGCCCAAAGACAUCGGCCGAUUGCGGCGACUCACGUGUCUCGACGUGUCCGAGAAUCGGUUGGAGUAUUUGCCCGAAGAGAUGGCCGGUUUGGAGAGUCUCACAGAUUUGCAUUUAUCGCAAAACUGUUUGGAGACACUGCCCGACGGCAUCGGCCAGUUGUCCAAACUGUUGAUCUUUAAAGUGGAUCAGAAUCGUCUGCUGUCAUUGAAUCCGACAAUCGGCGGCUGUUCUGCGCUCCAGGAGUUGAUCCUAACGGAGAACAUGUUGACUGAAUUGCCGCCAACUAUUGGCAAUUUGGUUCAUAUGACAAAUUUCAACGUCGAUCGCAACCAAUUGGAGGAAUUGCCGCAACAGAUCGGGAAUCUGACCAAAUUGGGUGUUCUCUCGCUGCGAGACAAUCGCAUACAACACUUGCCGGUAGAGAUGGGACAGCUUCGGGAGCUGCGUGUGCUCGACGUGUCCGGCAAUCGACUCAAUCACCUGCCGUACACCAUAACGGCGCUAAACCUGAAGGCCCUUUGGUUGGCCGAGAAUCAGUCGCAACCGCUGUUGAAAUUUCAGACCGAUUACGACGAAGACAGCCGUAUGAAAGUGUUGACCUGUUUUCUACUACCACAACAGGAAUACAAUCCCGAGAGUAUAGAGAAUUUCACGGACAACAGCCUCGAGAGGGCCAAUAGCAUCAAUUGGGAUCAACCGAGACAUACGGCCGUCAAGUUUGCCGAAGCCAGCGAUGAGGAGGACGACGAAGAGAGUGGCGAACCCAUUGUGAAUACAGUAAUCGCCGAUCAAUUGAAUUUCGUACGACACGAUACGCCGCAUCCGCGCGAACUCAAGGCCCGACACCAGCGGCUCUUCACUAAGGAUAGCAAAGACCAGUCGACGGACGAAAAUAAGGAGAACACCGCCAAAGACGUGACGCAACAAAUGAAUCAACAAAAUAAUAACAAUUAUAAUUCCGUCCAAACGUCGCGUCAACGGCACAGCACGGCGUCCACCGAAUCGGCCGAAUCGUACGCCUCGUCAGUGAUUGUGAAGAGUGACUCUGAAGUGGCGGCCGCACAACAGGCGGCUGAUAGUAGACUCAACGACUCACAGGUGGACUCCGCGGCCGCCAAAGCAUCGAAAGCACAACACGAGACGUCCGAUUCGGGCAGUGAUCCCGAUCUGAACGGUGGCGACAAACACGUGGGCUUUUCAGGCUUCGAAGAGGACGAGGUGGAGGUCCAGGAGGAGGACGACGAAGAGCGGGCCGAAUGGCAUAACAAACUCCAUCGCAGGGAUACUCCGCACCACUUGAAGAACAAACGCAUUCACACGACAAAAGACGAACAACAAAGGGUGGCCUCAAUACUGGCCGAAGCCAUGAAACAGAAAGAGCACAAUCCUCUGCAGCAAACCUCGUCUCGCGGCGAAAGUGUGAUCAGUGGCGGUGACAACGAGUCGUUGCGAACGGUGUCGUCGGUCUCGAACGCCGCGCCGUCCGUCUCACAGCUCAGCACUAAUAGUAACGUAGAGUACAUACAAAUGUCAGUGCGUGUGAAGCGGACGGGCGGUGGCCUCGGGCUCAGUAUCGCCGGCGGUUUGGGUUCGUCUCCCUAUAAGGGCGAUGACGAGGGGAUAUUCGUGUCGCGCAUCACCGAAGAGGGCCCGUCAGACGUGGCCGGCCUUAGGGUUGGCGAUAAGAUAUUGUCGGUCAAUAACGUGGACUUUACCGAAAUCGAUCACUACAAGGCUGUCGAUGGGCUCAAAACCGCUGGAAUGGACUUCAUUGUCAUUAUCAUACGUGAAGUGCCGAUCAAACAGAACUCAACGCCCAAUGUCUCUGUCGAGCCGUCGAAGCGGUUGUCGCCCAAGAAGUCGCCGCCGGUUGUGAUGAUCAAGUCGUCGUCCCAACAGAACGGUGACAUCGGUUCGCCGACAAUCGGCGCCUCAACGCGUCACCCGAUGACCACCGCAUCUCAACCCCAAACGCCGGACUUUGAUUUAAAUCGACAGAUCAUUUACACGACACUCAUUCGCAAAGAGGGAAGUUUGGGAUUUAGUAUAGCGGGUGGUAUUGGCGGCACUCCCUAUAAGGAAGGCUCCGAAGCCAUCCACAUAUCCAACAUUGUUGAGGGCGGGGCCGCACAUCGCGACGGAAAGCUUGGUGUCGGCGAUCGCGUGCUUUCUAUUAACGGCGUCGAUGUGGACCAUCUCCGACACGAACAGGUGGUCGGUAUGUUGACGGGCGUCGACCGCUUCGUCAGACUCGUUGUCCAACGAGAGGGCGCCGACGGUUUGGGCGAGAAGUCACCCAAAAUGUAUGGUAUGGCGCGUCCCUACACCGGGCUCUACGCCUCCUCUUAUAUGGCAAACCGGCCCUCAUAUACCGGAUCGUACAGAAGGCCAACACUCGGAUCGGUGAGCAGUUUGGUGGACGUGGACGCCAAGUCGGCGCCUCAAACGCCAACUGCUCUCCAUUCGCCGGGCAGUCGGCCGACACACUCGAUAUACACCAAAUUGCCGGGUCUUCGCAAUGAGGGGAUGACCUCACACUCGAGCGCAACCCUACCCAACAAUCAUACAAUCAGUGCCUCUGCUAUCAAUCCAUCCCAUAUGUUAAGAAGUGCCUCAUCUCUCGACACAAAUGGUGCCAAAAGGUUGUCCUCAUCCACAAGCGAUGGUCCACUACUGAGUGUAACGAUUCAGAAACCGGUCCAAAGCGGCGGUGAAUUGGUCUCCAAAUUUGACAGUCCAUUAGAAGCACAAUUCCCGGACGCGCCCACAGAUGUGGGCGUCUUCACCGAAGUGAUCACCAAAACCACAUACACCGAAAACAUAGUGACUAGAGUUACUAAUAAUGUCCUAUCAUUGCCCCCCAUUGAUGAGACCGUAACACUUGUCAAGUCUGACGGACGAGGUCUCGGUCUCAGUAUUAUUGGAGGUUCAGACCAUUCGUGUCAUCCAUUUGGCGGUAGCGAACCCGGGAUUUUCGUAUCGAAAGUCGUAGCCGAUGGUCUCGCUCACAGAACCGGUAAAAUACGAAUUGGCGACCGACUGAUCGCCGUUAAUGGCGUCGACGUAUCGAAGGCGACGCAUAACGAAGCGGUCAAUGCCUUAAUAAAACCUCUCAAUGAACUUACGCUUACCAUAAGACACGAGCCGCUGCCCAAAGGCUGGAAGUGUCCACCAGUCGAUGUUAGAGAACUAAUUAUUCACAAAUUGCCGAUUGAAAAGUUGGGAAUGAAUGUGAAGGGCGGUGCGACCGGACAGCCCGGCAAUCCAUACGACAAGGACGACGAGGGAGUGUUUAUAUCGAAAAUCAAUCCGAACGGCGCGGCCGCUCGUGACGGCCGUCUCAGACCCGGUAUGCGAAUCAUUGAAGUGAAUGAGAUGUCACUUCUGGGCGCCACUCAUCAGGAAUCGGUGUCCGCCUUACGAAACGCCGGCAAUAAAAUUAUUUUACUCGUUUGCGACGGUUAUGAACCAUCGGAUUCCACACCGAAUCGGUCGUCCGUUUUGAGUGAAAUACCGACACCCACUUCGCCCACAGCUAAGAGUUUUAAGUCAUUUUCAUCUGUGGAUAAGGAGGACGAAGACGAAGUGUUUGCCGCGCCAUCGCCUCCCAAAGUGACAGAAAGGGUUGUGAACAAUGUCUCUGAACCGACGCCAUCGCCUCCCGUCUCCAGAAUACCAAUUCGUGAAACGAAAGCCAACGAGACUUCGAGGAGUCAAUCAUCGUUUGUGACGAGUAAUGCGAUUGUCAAUAAUAGCGAAGAGUUGUCCGUAAGAGAGGAGAAGAAUGUGAACCAAGCGGUGAUCGAAGUGGUGAAAGCGGCCGAAACAUUGACUAAACACACAACGAAUACCACUAAUGCAUCCAAAGAGCAAAAGACAACGACUGUAAUCAUGAAGAAGCAUAACGUGAAUACAGGGCCGGCCGUUACCACCGCUGCCACCACUCCUACCACUGUCACUCCACCCGUUUCCGCACGAAUAAUCACUAAGAGUCCGAACCCCUCAUCCCAUGCAAGCACUCCGACACACAGUCCGACUCCCAGCCCCUCCCGCGGCGGCUCCCGAGCGUCCACUCCUAUUAAGACCAGAACGCCGUCGCCUAUACUGAAGAUAUCGCCCAACAAAGGCUGGACCACAUCUGACAACGAGAUGAGUCCAAUCAGUCCAAUGCUGGACCCGUACCAGACGUCUCGAAUACCGGGCGCUAAACCACCGAAACCAGUCAAACCACCCAAACCCAGAAAUCUGGCCCUAAUGUUGCAGAAGCCGACGGAAUCGCCUGAAAGACUGGCCUUCAAUGAGAAGAAGCGUCGUUUUGAACAGGGAUUUCAGACGAAGUCCGAAACCGAAUCCAUUACAACACAGUCUCAGAACGAGUCCUAUUCGGAGAGCAAACGAUUUAGUUAUCUGUCGGCCGACGAACUCGAGCGCCUCCGCGAAGAGGAUACCAAAAAGUUUGCCACACUUUCUGAGGAACAGAUCAAGUCAUUGAUGUCAAUGACCGAAGAGGACGACGAGUACGACGACGAAACCGAAGAGAUGAUCGACCAAUUCGUGUCCGAACACUCUUCAGAACAGAUCGAUUCCGACAACAAGAGAGUGUACCGAACGGCCAAAUCCGAGCGCCGAUACAUAGAGCGCAUGAGAUUGAGUGGCAUUGAUUUGGACGCAGAACUCGACGAAGACCUCCAGAACCUAACACCCAAUCAGAGGCGCAUCCAUGAGGCAGAGAAGAGAGCGAAGUGGCGUCAGGAAAGGCUGAGAUCCAUUGAAAACGAUGCCAUCGCUAUCGCACGCGUCAAAGAGAUGAACGCAGAGAUAGCGGCCGAGAGGGAGGCGUCGUCGCCGCACACCUCUCCCAAAAUGCAUGUCAUCGAUAUUGAUAUCGAUGGCCGCAAUACAAGUGAUAAAUCGAAUCGAAGCACAGGCAGCAGCGAUGGAGAGCACCGGCAGUACAGCCCCGGCAGUCAAUCGGACUCUUCGCCCAAACAUAUUAAAUAGCAUUAAAUCAAAAAAUACAAACAAAUUAUAUUUUAUUUGGUGUUUUGUGUUUCCCUUAAACAAUAGAUAUUAUUAUCAAUCAUUUGAAUCAUUUUUAGUGCUCUUAUAUAUUAUAUAUUAACAGCGAUUUUAAUUAUUUAUAAAUUAUUUUUAUUAUUUCGACAAAAAAUUAUUUUUUCAGUACUACUUAACGGAAACGAAUAGCUCUUAUUUUGUUAGUAAUUAUUAUAAUCAUUAGUUAUUUGUGCCGACGUCUCGUGUUUUAUGUUUUUUGAUUUUGUCAUUUAUUUACAUAUGUUUUAAUCAUAUUUUUAAUUAUAUAUAAUUUCUUUUAAUUGUAAUCAGUAGUGAUUCUGUGCAGCAAUUAUUCCCGAUUCGCAGCUCUUUUUAAUUAUAUAUAAAUUGUGUGUUUUGUUUAUUUUUUGGUGCAUUUUAUUUGACUUUUCAUUUUAUUAUUUAUAAUUUUAAACCAAACUUUUUAUCCUUUCUUUUUCGCACUCUUUAUGUCGUUUUUGAAAGCAAAUGAUAUUUUAAUUGUUAAACAAAAUGUUUUCCCUUUUCUCUCAAAAUGUUUUUCAUUUAACGGACAAUUGAAUACAA